CUCAGCUUCGUGUUUUUCUUUCGUGCUCGACGUUUAUCGAGAAUUUCGGUUGUUGACAAGUCGUUGACUUGAGCUCGUUGCAACUGAAGUCAGUUCAUUCACCUUCACUAUAUUGGCUGGUAAAUUUGAUUGUUGCAAGCACAUCAUAUCCCAGUUUCAUCUUUUGUUGCGUUGACAGGCAAACAACGCAUGGCCUUUGUCUGGUUCAAAGGCUAGAUUUUGAACUCACUGCAGGAACCCAGUGAUCUUUACUCCUUUUCGCCUUGACGCAGCGGCCGUCCUAUUCAUUUACUUCGAACUCUCUUUUACAUUAACAUGUCACACACAAUCCCCCAAGUCCGCAGACGUCCCACGAAGCUCAGGCCGUCCGGAGUAAGACCAGAUUCUAGUGUCGUUCGCGCGUCAGUUUUCGAGACUGCCCUUGAGCUUGGGAUUCACAAUUCCACCGUCGCGAAUUGGAUAUUCAAUAGCCCCUUGCCUGAGGAGGCAGAGGAACUGGAGGAUAUCCCUCCUGACACGGAGGUAGAAGAAAUUUUGACUGCCCUCACUUUUGGCUCGCAUACUGCGAGCGACGAGUCGUCAAUGACGUCCUCCCCGCAAAACAACGUUGCAUCCGCAAGGCAAAUACACAUGCACAAGCCGAGCGUAUUCGAACCUCUCCACGUGCACUUCAAUGACUUUGCUUCCGCGCAGCUGACGCUAUCAUUGCCUCCGCUGAGUACGCCAGUCAAUGAGAGGGAGAGGCUCGGAAGCAUGUCCAAUUCGUCUGGGAAGCCGUCAAAUAAUGUGGGACACCAAUCAAGUGAGGAUAUCACACGUCAGACCGACCGCAAAUGUGCCACACCGAAUUCCGCAAAGUCUGAAGCGGGGUAUGUGAGCGACGGUCAAUAUCUUUCUGACAGUGCUGGUCUCAAAAAGUCUGGCAAACUGAAAGGAAAAGGCAAGAAAGGAAAGCCGCCAGCCUUGGACUUGCGUUCCGGUUUUGAUGAAGCGCCCGGCUAUUCUUCGGAUGGAGGUUAUCUCUCUGCGUCAUCAAGCAAGUCGCAAGGGAAGUCAAGUAAGGGUAAAUCUCGCGCAAUGGCCUUCUUUCGGAGGAAGCCAAAGAAGCAGCGAGCCAGCGAUGAAGAAGAUGAUAACUACAUACCACCAGUCCCUGCGAUGCCUCCAAUGGCCGUUCCUUCGAGUCCAAGACCUUUGAAGCAUCUUGUCGCAACACCUUCAUCCCCUUCACGAUCUGGCUUCACUCCUCUGAAGCUGAACUUUAACACCUCAACUCGAGCGUCAAGUCCUGUCUUACACUCAAGAAAAGACCGCGCUAGUCCCCCACUUGCUCGAGUAGCAACACCAUCCCCCACUCCCACUCCUCCUCGACCAUCCGAGCAGACAGUAAAUUCGAUGCCGUCGCCUUCGCCUUCGCCUGUGCCUUCGUCUACGCCUGCUCCCGCUCUUCCAUCCACGCCGAUAUCUCACGCACCAACUCCCAGUACGCCCCUUAUUGUGGUAUCACCUACUAUCUCCCAGGCUCCUGCAACCCCCAUUCGUUCAUCCCCGAUCACCUCUCCCCGGCAUAUCACUAUUCGACCCGCGGCUCCUCCACCUACGCAGCCAUUGCCACAGCCACCUCCAAUUCCCAUGCCAUCCACGCCGUCACAAAGGGCUCCUGGACCACCACUUAUGCAAGCACUGCCUCCGGUUCCAGUGCGUCCACUUCCCGUGCCACCAUCUACGCCGACGACGCCCUCGCGGAAACUGCCACCUUUCCGACCGGUUGCAGUGGUAUCUGGCUCUACAGCUCCAUUAGUUCCUCGUCGGCAUCCACAAACUCAGCCCCGCAUUCUAUUUUCGCCUCGCCCACAGCCGUCACAUAGUGCAUCUGACUCGGUUGUCCCGCAAUACAAGCAUGACAAUGGUGAGGCAUCACCGAGGAGGUACCAGAGCCACAGCGUUAUUCCCAGUGAUGACAGCUCUAAGACCCAUCCUCCCGGACAUGGCGGUACGGUACGGAGAAAGCAUUCAGAGAUAUCACCACCUCCAUUUCUUCAACGGCGCAUGCAUGGCAUGCAGGGAUCCCCGCGGCAUCCACCCCCAGAUUCACCUCUCCCACAAGUUCCGAAUGCACGCCCUAUGCAUCCUCCAGCGUUCCCCUCGAAAUUCCAUGAACACUUUUCGUCCGUGUCGUCAGUAAGUCAUACUUCGCCUGCUCUGCGCAGUACGAGUGGGUCUGGCUCCUCAUCUGGCCCGUCUGUUCGCUCCUCCAACGCCCCGUCGGUAUCUACUUCUGACAGUCACGGCAGCUCGAGUCAUCACUCAGAAGGCGUCGUAAACAUGCGUUCAGAUACACGAUCUUCCUCGCGGUCAGAGUCUGGCUACGGGAAGCAAAUCACGGACAGCAUCGCUUACUCACACUCACAUUCGUCCAUACUCGAUACCCGGAGCGACAUCAGUGCCAGCGUCUACAAUGAGCGUUCGAGCACAUAUGACGAAGAGGGGGGGAAAGAUCCCAAGGGCACACAAGCUGACGACGAGGACGAGGAUGAGGCAUCGAUCUAUCCCUCAGAUGAGAAGACGGCUGGUAGGCGUACGAUGUACCUGGUCGAAAAUGGCCAGGCUCUGGAUGAGGACGGAGAUGUGUUCCCGCCCCCAUUACCACCCCCGGUAGGAAGAUACUUUUGACUGACGUUGGGGUAUCAGUGACCGUUCGCUUUAAUUUAUCUGCUGUUUUUGGCUUUUUUGUAGUCGCUCUUUCGCUCGUUUUUUUUUUCGUCCGAUGGUUGGCUUUUUUGAUAAUUUUGAUGGCGCAAGCACUCGAGACAUCUGCUCGAUGCAGCUGUGGUAGUAGUAGAUACGAUCUUGAUGUUAUGGUAAUAGGUUAAUGGCCUAGCACUACUAGUAUUUUCCAUCAAUGCAUCACGCUGCAGGCUGGUAGAAUGCAAGUAAUUUAAUUCAGCU